AAAUGAGCUCAAUAAAUGACUCACGACCACGAUCCUCCCACAUCAGCACUCGGGAUAAGAUGGCGGCUGAGGGAGAGUACGAGUCGAUCCUGUGCGUUAAACCAGAUGUCAACGUUUACCGCAUCCCGCCUCGUGCUUCGAACCGCGCGUACAGGGCUGCUGACUGGAAGCUAGACGCUCCGGACUGGUCCGGUCGAAUGAGAAUAACGGCCAGAGGAACAGUAGCAUACAUCAAACUAGAAGACAAAGUCUCAGGGGAACUGUUUGCACAGGCACCUGUGAAGGAGUACCCCGGCGUCGCUGUGGAAACCGUCAGUGAUUCCAGCCGAUAUUUUGUUCUGAGGAUACAGGAUGACAGCGGCCGCAGUGCUUUCAUAGGAGUUGGCUUUGUGGACCGAGGAGACGCUUUUGAUUUCAACGUCGCUCUGCAGGAUCAUUUCAAGUGGGUGAAACAGGAGAGUGAAAUCAGUAAAAGCAACCUGCUCGGGGAUUCAGGACCAAAACUGGAUUUGGGUUUUAAGGAGGGACAGACAAUCACACUGAAUAUAGGACAGGGUAAAAAGAGGGAUAAGCCCCGUCCACAGGGCUCAGCGGGGGUUGGACUCCUGCCACCACCACCUGGAGGGAAGAUAGCGCCUCCUCCUUCGUCUGGCUCAUCUAACCACAACACCGUUCCCCAGACAGCUGGCACCGCAACAGGCUGCCUCUUGGAGUUGGACAGCAGUAAUUCCAACACAGUGGUUCAGUCCAAUCAGAGCUCAGAUCUACUCUGGGGAGACUUUUCAGCUCCAGCAAGUUCUGUUUCUCCUCCAUCAACGACUCAAAGCUCCACAAACUGGAUCCAGUUUUGAGCCGUCGCUUCUCACAUCAGAUGUGAUGUUUCAUCUUGCUGCAUUCGUGUCCAUGGCUUCCUGUGAACCUCACUGAGAGUAUUUCCCACACCAUCACCCUCCUCAGAGCAGAGAUUACACACCCCAUUGUUCUGUCAAAGCGUGUAUUCCCUCUCAAAUCCUGCUGACAGCAAAUGAAGCAUUAAUGACUUAAAGCCAUGAAAUUAUAUGAGCCAUCUGCAACAGUAUAUAAGGGCUAUGUGGCAGGUGUUACUCCUUCAUGUGUUUACAUCAGUUCGCCUGUAGGGGUCCCUCUGAGCAGAGCUUUCUUUUUUGGACCGAGAUGGAUUUACAUUUUGUCUGUGUGACAGCGCCCUCUGCUGGCACCAAAGAGUACUAAAUGUCAACAAAUACAGUUUCUUAUCGCCCUUUUAAAAGUGCUGAAAAUAUGCAAAAAGCAAAAUGGAGCUACAGAAAAAUACUAAUUUAAGAUAAAUUGUAUGAAUAUGUAUAUAUUCAGUUAGGACUAGCUCUUAUUUAUUUUUUGAAAAACAAAAUGUAAGACUUUUUUUUCAUUUUAUAACAGCAAAAAGCAAUUGAGAAAAGAAAAGCUACACAUAACUGUGUGUAGCUUUGCCCUUUCAGCUGAAAUUAUUUCACUGGUUCUAAACCACUUUAAUAUAAAUGUAAAUGCGAUCACAUGACCAUUAAAAAAUGUGUAUUUGAAAACCUGUGUGAAAAUCAAAAUAUGUAUUUUUAAAUCACUGGCUUUAAAAAGUUGCUGGUGUUUUAGUUUUACAGAGGAAUUAAAAUUAUGGUUUAGCAUGCAGAAUUUAUAGAUGUCACUUAAAGGUGAUGGUGAUAUUAUUGAGGAGGUUUCCUCAUAGACAUACAGAUACAUCUGUGCUUAUAUGGGAUUAUUAGGUCCACAUUUUUAUGGUUAUAUAGUGUAAGAUUAUAUGCCAAUGUCUUACAGCAUGUUCUGUCUACAGCAAAAACAAAAGUGGUUGGAAAUCCUUCUUUCCAUGAUAUAUAUACUGUAUAUAUAUAUCUAAAUUACAUAAUCUCAUGUAAUCUGGUGAAGAUAUUGGAUCAGAGAAAAAAUAUUUCUCCUUCAGGAUAUCAUAGAGAGGCUCUUCUGUGGUGGCUAUUGUCAAGUAAUUGCUCUGCUUUUGGCAUUUAAUGCUUUUGGCAUCAUCACUGUCACUAAAUCGUGAAAUUUAAAGGAAGCAGUGCUGCUACACCUUUUAAACAUCCCUUCUGAUUUGAUUAAUGUAAGUUUAAAGAAAAAGUGGACUGGAAGUAAAACGUUUGGUUCAGAUACAAACGGGGCUUUUUGUCUUGGCGGACUGAUGUUGUGCUGCACAAUAAAACAAAUAAUUGCUCCACAAUUGGACGUGUAAACAGUUUUAAUGCCCUCUGAUAUGUGGAAAGUUAUCAUAAAAAAGAUUUUAAAAGUGAAAUACCUUGAAGGCUGGACUGCAAAUAUGUGAAUUAGUUGCAGAAGACGAUUUUAUUUUAGGUGAAGUUGUUUCCUAUGAGCUUGGACGUGCAUAAAAACUGGAAUGAGCUGGUGUGGCCUGGAAAAAUAAACAUUUUCCAGGCAGGAUUCUAAAAACUCACCAGAUGUGUCAACAUGUCCUAGAAUGAACUGAGCUGUUUGCUGCAGGAGAUGUGAGAGGAGCAGCCUGAGCACUGGAGGAAAAACAAAAUGAUUGUGUUGCUUCAUUCUGAAUGUGUUAAUGGCAGCAGAUGAAAUGUUGAUCUUUUUGCUCUAAAAGUCUUAUUAAUUUAGACAAAGUUUACAUUAAUUUAUUUGAAUUGUAUUAUUGACUGUGAUUUAAAAUUAUCUGCAUAGAUAUUGAAGAUGUGCUGUGAUCAGAUCACAUAUUCUGUAAUUGACUGGCAUUGAGAUAUAGGACUGACUCGUUUAUGUUGUCAUGUGUUAUGUUUACGUUACUCAUGUUGCCAGAUCAAAUAUCAUGUCCUUCAUUUAUUGCUUCUUCCAUUCUGGAUGUAAAUUCACUGGACUAGCUCUUGAUUUAUGACUAGUUUAAUGACAGAGAGGCAAUAAAACCUUUCAAAGGAUGGAUGAAGUUUGUACUUUUCUUUAACCUUUUUGUACCCUGUCUGUCAGGAUCUGUGUUUUUCUGUGUUUAUUUCGAGUUUUCUGUCUCCGUGUUGUCCUGUCUCCCCUUGAUUAGUUCCCAGGUGUUUCUCGUUCCCAGAUUACCUCCUGUGUAUUUAGUGUCACCUGUGUGUCUGUGUCUUUGUCAGGUCCUUGUCUCGUUUGGCGUCUUGUCUGAUGUUGUGUCGGUCCAUUCGUUUCUCCUUGUCGCUACCUGUGAAGAGCCCUGGUUUCCGCUCUGCAGUGCUGCCUUGGUUGUUGGACUACAUUUCUGGAUCAGUUCUGUCAUUAAAUAUUCUUUAUUUCACUUA